AUGAGGAAUAAUGAAUUGAAGAGAUUGUUCCAUCAGUUAGAUGAAAAUGGUGAUGGAAAGAUAUCACCAUCUGAGCUGCAGAAUUGCCUCAGGCUCGUUGGGGAGGAAUUAUCAACAGACGACGUUGAAGGUUUCAUGGUGACGGUUAAUGAAGACGGUCAUGGGCUCCUUCGUUUCGAUGAUUUCAUCAAACUGUUAAAGAUCGAAGAAGGAGGAGAAGAAGAGCAUAGGUUUUUGUGGGAAGCCUUUAGAGUUUAUGAGAUGGAGGGAGAGGGAUGCAUCACCCCGAAGAGCUUGAGGAAAACGCUCGAAAAGCUCGGGCAAUUGAAGACUGUUGAGGAGUGCAGGGAGAUGAUCCGAAGGUAUGACGUUAAUGGAGAUGGUGUUUUAUGCUUCGAUGAAUUUAAGAAGAUGAUGCUACGAACGUAG